AAGCUAAGUGAAGAAGAAAUGCAUUGGCAAGUGAUAUAUGCCCAGCUGCCUUUCGAGGCUGAAGUCCUUAUCAUCAGGUCAUGCACAGAACAGACUGGGAUCAAAGCGAACAGCAAAGAACAUGAAAUUGAGUAGCUUCGUGAAGGUUGUCAGGCCAGCCUUCACAGGUAUCAGGAGAGGCAGCUCUACAUACGACAGGUCUAUGUGUUCGUUGGUGACCAGACGGGCAAAACAUUAUAGAACAACGUCAGCAACUUCAGAUGCUAAAAGCAAAGGCAUAUUCAAAUCUUUCUUCAUGCACAAAGCUGUUUCUAUGAUAAAUUCAAGUCUGAUUUUUCAUAUUUGUGGAAUCACCAUUUAAAUCUAAUUAAAAUAUAAUAGUAGUGAUAAUAUAGAUUUAAACAUGUGAGUAAUCAUUUUCCAUUAACAUAAUGGUGUUAAGAUUUAGGAAAAUUUGUUCAGAUAAUAUUAAAAGUUAAAAGAUUGAUUUGAAACUUAAUAAAGUUAAAAGAGUAAAGCAAAACACAUCAAAAUUGACGGAUUAAAGGCAGGCCUUUAUCAUAAUUUUAAGUUAUUUUAACAUAAAGAUAUAAAUUGAAUGCAACUUAUUUCCUCAAAUUUUGUAUAGACAUCACAUAAAAGGGAUAAAGAAAGAAA